AGCUGCUGGAUUUAAGCUGCACGUAAAUCACAACCCUAAAUAUGCUGCAAAAACAAAACGAUGAAUGUGACUGAGUGCGUGGACGUGGCGUUGCAGGAAAAUCCCGGACAAAGACGGACCGGGCUUCUCCACGUGGAGCCUGCCACGGAGCAAAACCCGCAUCGGGGACCGGAGCGGGGGAGGACGCAGUGCUGCAGAGCCGGCGGGGCGGUGCGGGACGGGACAGAAAUGGACCUUUAACCUGCGGAAAUCAACGCGUUUCUCCUGUCAACACUCCAGCUAUGCAUUCAGGUCUGCUCAUGGGGUCCCGGCUGGUCCAGCUGGUCCCACCUGCUCUGUCCCUGUGUUUCCUCAUAAACCUGAGCCUGGCAGCACCAGGUCUCCCUGGGACUCAAAGGGAAGAAUCGGAUGUCCGUCCCCCUCCAGGACUGAUCAAUCCCUUUGGCUCUGGAGAACAGGAACGCAGGUUGUUGCAGAGCUACAUUCAGCAAAGUCUGCGCAACAGCCAGGGAAGUCCUGACAUCACUUCUUGGGAGCAAGAGGUGUUCUUCCUGUUUCGUCUCUACGAUUAUGAUCGCAGCGGAUUCUUGGAUGGCUUGGAGGUCAUGAAGCUGCUCUCUGACUACAACUCCCAUCAUGCACUAGGGCCAGAGGCCAGUGAGCAAGUGGUGUCCAUGGUGGAUUUCUUACUACAAACUCAGGAUCUAAACCAGGAUGGCCUGCUGGACCCUUCAGAGCUGCUGUCGCCUUCAUUUAUUAACACACAGGGCUCAAGCAACAACAAAACACCUCACCAAGAGCAGGAGUUGGCAGAAGAGAACAUGCAAUCAAACACAAUUACUGUGGAGUCGAAUGCAGGAGCGGUGGAGCAGAAAGACGAGCAGCAACUGGACGUAAAGACGCUUCAGGACGAAGCCAUAAAGCAAACAGAGGAACAUCAAGAUCAAGAACGUCCUAAUGCGUUAGCAGAAACCCACCAUGACCCUGUGCAUCAAGGACAACCAGAAAUAUAAAUAUUAACCACUUUACCACUUAGCCUGCUUUAGAAAAAACCUUUAAAGAUGCAAGAUAAGUUAUAAAUGUUUCACUGUAAAGUGUGUGUUUUUUUUAAUAUAUGAAUCUCUAAGCAUAUUUUAACAAAUGGCUGUUAAAAUGCUGGGCCUCUUCAACGGCUUUCUGUCACAUUCUUUCUAUGAAUAAAGUGAUUCCCACAGCUUUUA